GGAGGUAAUUAUACAAUGUACCAUGGUCUUUGUGUUUUAUACUUACAGAAAUUUGGUCAGCCUAUUCAGGAAAGGUUCAUGGAACAUGAAGAGAGACCAAAAGCUUUAAAUGACCUGGGAAAGAAGGUCCAGCUUCUAAUGAAAGCAGUAGAAGCAUUCAAAAAUAAGGAUGAAAAAUAUGAUCAUCUUGAUCCUGCUGAGGUGGAGAAAGUUGAAAAGUGUAUCAGUGAAGCCAUGAAUUGGUUGAACACCAAAAUGAAUGCCCAGAAUAAACUAUGUCUGACUCAGGAUCCAGUUGUGAAGGUGGCAGAAAUACUAGCAAAAUCUAAGGAAUUGGAUAGUUUCUGUAACCCUGUUAUUUACAAGCCUAAGCCAAGGAUGGAGCCCCCAAGUGAAGCUCAAACAAAAGCCAAUGGUGAACACAACGGACCAGUGAAUGGACAGAGUGGUGCUGAAACAAAACCAGAUCCAGCAAAGGACAAUUCUCAGCAGACCAAACCAUCUGGAGAAAUGGAAGUGGACUAAAUUUUACAUAUUUCUUUCACUUAAUUAAAAUAGUGCAAGUAACUACAGGGUCCAUUCUUCUUUUAUGUCUGGUACCACUACAGCUGUUCAGUUAUUCUUAGCCAACUUUCUGUCCUUUGUUCUUUGCAGUAGUUUUGAAUGUGUUUUAUAUUGAGUACCCUCCAAUGUUCAUUUCCAUUGAUCCUGCUUAUGUGGAGCUUUAGCCGAAUGUAGAUUGUAAAAGUCAGUUUAAGCUUUCCCAAUAUAUUUUAUAUCAAACAUACAGAAUUGAUAUAUAAAUAGCAACAAUCUACCUUAUUUAAAGCUUUUAUUGUGGAUAAACCUCAGUUCCUUUAAUCAGAAAAGGACACUGUAUUGCACUACUGAUGCUGAAGUGUAGAUUUAAUUGCAUCUUUAUUUUGGAAAAAUAUUGGAAUUGAAGUGGUGUAAAUAUUGCCACUUGAAGCACUGACCUUUUUUCUAGUUAUUGUACUGUUAUUUAAAUAUUAAAAUAGAGGCUAGCUAGUAUACUAGUUCAUCUUGUUGAUGAGAACUGUAAGGUCUUUAUAUUUUUUCAUAUAAAACAUACAAGCUUAGAAGAGAGAAUUUUCUUAAUUUGAGAAUUAAGAACAAACAAUUAUAAAAUACUGGUAAAUUGGCUUUGUCAUUUGUUCAAAAUAAUAUUCUUGGUUGGCCUCUUCAUACACUUGCACCAAAUGUACCUGUGCUCAUGGUAGACUGAUACUAGAGUUACAGUAGUACAUAGAAUUUGCAAGGACUAACUUUAUCUUACACUUUCAAAAGAAACAUUGAUUUUUUUUUUAAUUUGCACUUGUUACAUCUGGUUUUAUUGGCUAGAUUUCCCAUCAGUUAAAACCAAUACAUGUUUGAGAAAACAGCACAUCUUUGUACACCAUUACAGGAGAAAUAGCUUAAAAAAACCCCCCCAAAACCCUAAUAUUGUUUCAUAAACUGGCUUUUAGCAUAUUUAAUUCUAAGGUGUGGAUUUAAAUCCUUUACAUUACUGAAAAUCUGAAAUGAAAGCAGAAGGGACUAUUUACACUAUAAUUGGCAAAUGAUCCUUAUGAUGAGGGAUGUUAAUAUGUUAAACAGGCAGUAAGUACACAAAUUAUGUGUGGGGAGCUGAAUCAUUCCUGCCAAAUGCAAGCUGUUGCAGAAGUGUUGAGAAACCAAGGUUUAUUUCAAAUCUAUAUUUGAGUUAAACCUAGAUCAUAUGUACAUUUUACAUUAUAAAAUCUCCAACUGAUAUUGGACAAGGCUGUAGAUUUUUUACUAUAAUUAAAAAAUGGCAUCACUAUCAAAACACUCAUAAUGAAGACUACUUACAAUGGGCAAUCAUAUGAUUUGCUUUCACACAUUGUCUUGUCGAGCUAACAGGCUAGUGGGGAAAAAUUCUAAUCUUAAACUGUUUCCUAGGUUAGUGUAAAAAAAGUGUAAUUUGAAACAGGAGUAAUAUGUUUUGAAUCAGUCUUUGGUGAAUCCUUUCCUUAAAUUUUCUUAAGAAAUUCUGACAUCGUUAGAUAGUCACUGGCAUAUGCAGUAGUGUUGUACAGAGUUGGCACUCAAGGAAGUGCAGGUGGUGUAGCACUUUCUAGAAAAACUAUGACAAAAUCCCUACUAGGGACUGAGAUGAGACCAUAAAAUGUUAUCAGCUUGUAAUCAAGCCUAGCUCCAAAUAGUACAUUAAACCAUUUUGCCACCUCGUCCCAUUGUUUUUUAUCACACAUUCCAAAAGUAAGUUGUUUGGUGUCUUUAUUCUGUUGUAAGCUUGUUACUGCUGUGGAUUGACUCUAAGCAAAGAUGUAAACAAAUGUCAGGCUUUUUCAGCUCUUAGUGCAAGUGCUUACAUUCCAUCAGUAUAUUAAUGAAGACUGUACCCUAGACUGUGUAAUAUGACUGCAGUUCUUUCAGAGGAAAGAUGUCUUUUGUAGGAUUUGAUAGUUUAUAUGGUCUUGACAAACUAUAGAACAGAAGAUAGUAUUUAUCUUCAACCUAAAAACAAGAUCAAUUACAUAAAUAUGUACUGCCAUAUAAAUCACAGCAAUAAUAAAAAUGUUGAUGUAAUACAAAAGGCUGACACUAACUAGUUAGCCUUUUGUUUUUAGAGACAUGUAGUUUUCUGCAUUAAAGAUAUUAGUGGUGACCAAAAACAAUCUGGGAUCCUGAAUCAUGGUCACUUUUGCCAUUUUUCUCUUUAAGACUUCAUAAAUUCAGACCUUUAAUUGCAAAAUCUUUUUCUCUCCCUCCCCCGAUGAAAAAAAUAGACCUUAUUUAAAAUUUUAGCUAUCCUUAUGAAAUAGGAUUUAAAGUAGUUUUUCCACACUUUCUAAUGUUCAGAGUUGUUUUUUCCCCCCUAUAGCUACAGUACAGCCUGUUCUUAAGUUAACAAAUGUAUGACUACAUAGUUCAGUCUUGCAUCCCACUAGUAUCUGGCAUGGCCUAGUAUUCCAAACUGCUCGUAAGCAGGUAUUCAUAAAACAUACACUCAGAUGUAACCCAGUAAUGUCACAAUCAGCUACAAUAUGUUAACUUUUGAAUAUAAUGAAAUUAACUUGGAGGUAUCUGUUAGGAGAGGCUUUGAGACACAGUAGCAAAAUAGAUGCUGUAGAAAUAUUUGCAUUGUUUCCAAGUUGGUUUUAAAAGUUUUUAAAGCAUAAAAGAAAGAGGCACUUAAUAUAUUAAGUAUAAAUGUAAGGAUAAUAAAUAUUUGAAGGGUUGUGCAAAAUUAUCUAGAGUAUUCCAAACACUUGUUUGUUUACUUGUGCUCUCCCUCAGUCUUUUCUAGGCUUAUCCUUAUUUUCUGCAAACCAUUACCAUCAUAUUAUCCAAAAGCCUGUCAACUUCUAGAUUUAUUCCAUGAGUAGUAAUUGGGUUACCAGGAGUUAAAGCUUCCCCUUCUGACAGUCUUGGGUUAAAACCUGUAGUCCAACUUUGAAAGCUUCAAAAAAGUGUACUGAUAUUAAGAGGCCCUGGUCUGAUAUUCUAGCAGGAAAUCUUACCCGAGCACAAAUUUUGAAAGGUCUUCUUUGAGAUUCAUAGAAUAACUGCUAGUAAUAAAAAAGCCACAGUUUUUCAGAAUCACGUGUAUAUAUUGGCACACUUGUCAACCCUGAGAAGAACAAAGGUAUCAUCUUAGGCAAUGUGACACACCAUUAGAAUGAUACACGUGUUUGGGUACACAGUACUAGCAGUAGUGUAUUAGAAUGUCCUGGCCUUAUGUUUAUGCAAUGAAAGAAGGAGAUGGUUAGAACUUAAAUGCUGGCAUCUUAACCUUGAUAUUUUAGUAGUCCACACACAUCUGAGCUGUUUUAGAAGACCCCUUAAGUUUUUUUCCUGCAAGGAAAGAGGCAGAUGCAGCAGUGCCUCUAAGAAUGGCAUGGACUUUCUAGAUGCAGUGGGAGUCUGUUUUAUGGGUAUGGAAAUAGAUGUAUUAAAAAAGUGAGCAGAGAGAGGUUUUCAAGAACCAUCUUGAUUAAAGUUUAUUAGCUUAAUUCCAUUCAGUAGCUUAAAAUAGUGAAAAAUAAAACUUUACAUACUGGUAACUAGAACUACAGAGUGAACAUGGUGGAAGGCAGAAUGUGUGGCUCUUCAGUGGGUUGAUCAAAGAAAUCAAGAGCUUUGGUUUACAGUUUAUUGUGGAGUCAUGAAAACAGCUAAUUGACUGAUCAAAAUUUUGUGUAUUGUACUGGCUUUCUUAAUCUAAUCUAGAUUUGCAUCAGUUUUUGAAAUGCACUAGCAAGAAACUCUGCUUCAUAAUCAAACCUGUCCAUUGGUUCAGUAUGCAGGAAUCUUAUUAUAAACGGACUGAAAAAAACACAUUUUAGAAUUUGUUUCCCUACUUCUGAUUAAACACAAACUGAUUCUACUGCCCUCUUCCUUUGUCUGUUGUUGACUCUCUUGGUCAUUUUAGUCUGGCACCAAGGCAAGUUGCUAAAUAGGAUUAAAGAGGCCUUCCUUUCUUUUUCCCAUCUCCAUGAAUUCUCUAAUUGAUAGUUAAAGCAUUGUGCUUCUGUAUAUACCUGAAAUUUACAGCAGGAAACGUAAGGGUGCUGUAGCAUACUACAGCUGUGGCAACACUUUACACCUCCUUUGAAGUACCAUGUCUGUCUGAAGGUAAUUUAGGUCACCAUUACACAGCCUACAAGGGUGAAGCUGAGAUGCAUCAUCACUGAGACAGAACUCAACAGCACAUGGGUGCCUGUUACAACUUACAUAUGCAGUGAGGGGUGGUUUGAUACUUAAGAGUGAAAGGAAGUUGCUAGCCUAGCCAUCAACCUGUGGCUUUAGCGGUUACUUUUUCAAACCAUGGUCCAGUGGUUUCCCCUAUAGUCAAUUUAUUUAAUAUAGGCUGAAAAAGUUAAACACCUCCCUCUAUUUCUUCCUCCUAAUCGAGCUGCUCCUUUCUGUUUAGAGCACUUAAUAUCCGAGUAUUUGACUCUAAACAAGACUCAAAUAUUGCAUAUUUUCUCUGUCAUCCUCUUCUCCCCCUCCCCCAAAUUGUUGAAUGGAAAUCACUGAGCAUGGUCAUUUUAUCCUGAGUUGAACUAACUGCAUGGUCUUACCCAACCCCCACUCCUGCUGUUCCAUCAGAAAAAAACACCCCUUUUGAUGUUCACAACAUUCUUUCCUGUCACCCUGGCUUUACAGACCUUGCAAUUUGUACCCUACCCCAAUGUCUUCACAGAUCAACCUUGAACUGUAAAUGUCUAAAAUAGGUUGGGGUUGUGGGAGCAAGUCUGUUGAUCUGCUUCAGAGAAGGCAGCAGAUCUUACAGGACAUAGUUCUAAUUUCAUUCCCAGCAGCCAGGAUAGCUAUGAUCUCUGUCCUUCAGCAGGGCUUCUAGCUCCAAAAACCACCACUGAUUAAUUUAUUAUUCAAUUAGAUUUCCAUCUUGGAGGAAAUUAAGCAUAACUUUUCUCACUUAUACCGGCUUUGCUUUGCAUUGUGUGUUACGUAUCUGACACCUUCCUGAAUAUGUACCUUUUCCCUUCAAUGUUAAGGUAUCCUACCUUGCCUAGGUUUAGGCUUUAAUUUCCAUUUCCUAUUUCAGAGUCGUAGACCCCUAUUCAUAAUUAUCUUUACUUUUUACCUCUUCCCCUCCUCCCCAUUUAACAAAUGGAUUCAGUCAAAUGAUGGUAAGAGAAUUCCCUGCUUGAAAGGCACUGGAUUAACAGCCCUUUAAACUGAAGUUCCUGUUUAGUUACAGGCAGUGAUAGUGCCUGGCAAGUUUCCUUACACUAUUCUACUGCUUAAUAGCCCUUAACCGAGAGAGAAAUCUUGCUACUUGUAUUUUUAGUAUCUUUUUCUUAGUACAUUAAACUUUCUAAAGAGCUAUGCAUCAAAAUGGUGGUCCUGAAAAUAGAAAACUUGUUACAGAAUAUGGGAAUAAAAAAUCCUGUUACCAGAGGGGUAAAAUGUGGACUAUUCCAGACUUUUCAGUUAAAGGUUAUUUUUCAUGAUACUUUUUCAUUUGUGAACACAAGACAGCUUGAGUGUAAAUAUAAACCUUAUAUGCUUUAGAAGAAUAGUAAAGUAAAUGAGUAGAUAGUAAAGAAUGUUGAAUGUUUUGCAGUAAAUACUUUAGGAAGAAUUCCAGGGAUCUGGUCAACAAUGUCCAACAAUUACAUAAAUGAGUAAAAUAACUAGCAUAAUUACUUUAUAGUUGCAUGUGAUUGUUAAUCUGAAAUACACUGCCUCAUGAAUAUUUUCUACUUGCUUAAGUUUUGUUGCUACACUACGAUUGACCUGAUAUAACCAUUUAAAAAAAAAAAAAACACUGCUUUUUUUGGGUGUCUCAAACAUCUACCAUUGCAUUGCAGAAACCACUGCAAUGUUAUGAUUUGAAGAAUGUCUUUUAAAUUGAAAAUGAAGUCUGAACUAAAUACAACCAGCCACCCAUAUUAAAAGUGCUGAAAAGUUGUAGUUAACUGUGGUUCAUGACAAGUUAAUAGUCAUUGGAUGUUGCAUAUUUGUCAUUUUUGUUUAUGUAUUCUAAACAUAUCUUCAGAAGGCAGGGGGAAUGUGUGAAACUUGAAUAGACUUACAGCAGUGUUAAAGUAUGGAAAAUGUUUACUAUGUAUGUAAAUUACAUCUUUAUAUUAGUGAUUGAUCAUGUGCAAAUUGACAAAUACUUCAAUUUAUUUUUGAAUGGCAACUCAGAUUGUUGAGGUUGUGUAUAAUUUAUAAUAAAUAUAUAUAAACCUGCUACUUGAACAUAAUCAAGCCCCCCCGAGACUUUUUUUUAAAAUAGUGAACCUUUCUGCCAUUCCCUUGCAUAAUGGGAGUAGCUAUUCCCAGGCUUAAUGCUGAUUAGAAACAUUAAAGGAUUCAGUUUAACAGUGUUUAUAAUACAAAGUCAAAAAAGAUGUAGUGAAACAAAAUAGGGUAUUUCAGAUUUUGUGCAGUUGAAAGUUUAAAACAGUAACCCUUACGUUGGCUACAUUCUGAUGGGAGUUUUCAAAUGUACUGAAAAAAAUGCAAGCCAUUUUGAGGAGCUAACCUGUACAGCAGAAUAAUUAAGAUACUGUAUUUAGACUAAAGUGACUCUCAAUCCAUCUAUUUUCUACUACAGGGGUCAGCAACCUUUCAGAAGUGGUGUGCAGAGUCUUCAUUUAUUCACUCUAAUUUAAGGUUUCAUGUGCUAGUAAUACAUUAAUGGUUUUAGAAUGUCUUUCUAUAAGUCUAUACUAUAACUCAACUAGUGUUGUAUGUAAAAUAAAUAAGGUUUUUAAAAUGUUUAAGAA